AUGCAAGAAAAAGACGUGUCUGAGAUACCUGCAAACAAUCAAAGGCGUGAGAGAAGCCAGUUGGCUUUCCGUGGCUUGUUGGCUGUAUUGGCUUUCUGUGGGUUUUACCAAUUCUUUCAUCUAUUCCCGUGCACGAUGUGGUCGGAGGAGCCGCUUUCGGUCUCUUUCUCCGCUUCCACCGACUCCACAGAUGAGCUUCUGUGUCCACUCUAUGACAAAAUUGAGUUCAAGGAUCCAGAUACUAGUGUCUAUAUCCUUCAUGAUGAUGAGUUCAGGAACAAAUCGAUCUCAAGAUUGAGCAAAGCAGUCCAGAUUCCAACCUGGAUUGACGAUGAAGGAUCGGACUUCACCAGAUUCACAAAGUUCCAUGAGUACCUAGAGACCGAAUUCCAAAGAGUCUUUGACGCGGCCAAUGUUUUCAAAGUCAAUACCUACGGAAUUGUGCUGGAGUUCAAGGGCUCAAACUCUUCAUUGAAGCCUGCUAUGUUUACUGCCCACCAGGACACUGUUCCUCCCGGAGAUCCUCAAAACUGGGACAAAGAUCCAUUCAGCGGUCUCUAUGACGGAACUAGAGUUUAUGGUCGCGGCGCAAGUGACUGCAAGAACCUGUUGAUUGGUUUGCUGGAAUCAAUGGACUACUUGCUUGAAAAGGGAUUCAAACCAGAGAGAACCAUCAUUUUCGCAUUUGGAUUCGAUGAGGAAAGCAGCGGAAAGUAUGGUGCCUCUCAUAUCAGCAAGUUCCUGCUGGAAAGAUACGGUCCAAAGUCACUGUACCAUAUCAUCGACGAGGGUUUCGGUGUUUUCAUGGAACUGCAAAACAGAUACUUUGCUAUGCUGGCUACCGGCGAGAAAGGCUACCUGGAUCUUGGCAUUGAGGUGUUGCAGCCUGGAGGACACUCUUCAAUUCCACCAGACCACACAGCUAUUGGUACAAUGUCGAAACUGAUCAGUAGGUAUGAGGACAGACUAUAUGAUCCUAUUCUCGUCAACUUCAACCCGACACUGAAUACUCUGCAGUGCAUAGCAGAGUAUGCGGACAUUGAAAAGAGCUUGAAGAGGGACAUUUUGAGAGCACACUUUGACGAGAAGUCAAACGAAAGAGUUAUCAAGUUGCUAUUGAAUAAUAAAAUCACCAAGUACAAUGUUUUGACAACUCACGCAGCAGAUAUUAUCAACGGUGGAGACAAGGCAAAUGCUCUUCCGCAAAACGUGACCGCGCUAAUCAACCAUAGAAUUGCUCAUGGAAACGACUUCGACACCAUAAUGGAUAGAGUUACCGGAAUUGCCACAGGUGUUGCCCAAGAACAUCGUAUGGGACUGAUUGUCGAUGACGAGAUCCUCAUUGAACCUACCCUGGCAGGCUCGAUCAAAAUCAAGGCUCUUUACAAGCUUGCAGUCGCACCUGUGACGCCUAUCAACGAUGAGAUUUGGGCUUCUCUGGCAGGACAUUACAGAACUUUCUAUGAGGAUAUCACUUAUCCAGAGAAGUUUGAAGAUGACGUUCUUGUUCUUAGUGCCGGUAUCAUGACGGGUAACACAGACACUAGACAUUACUGGGACCUGACCGACCACAUAUUCAGAGGACAACCAGGGUUCACACCAAUGACAUCUGGGGUCCACGGCAACAACGAAUACGUUGAUGCCGACUCCCACUUGCAGGUUGUUGCAUUCUAUUACAACUAUAUCUUAAGUAUUUCUUGA